AUGCGGUCCAUCCCGCCCCUCCGCGCUUUGAGUGAACCGCCAAAGGGAGAGACUGAGAGCAAAGCGGAGCUCUUCCUGCGCGAAGAGCUGGAACGCGAGGGAGUUUCGGUCGCGGAGGCCAUCGCCCCAGAUACUCCCGAAGAGAUCGUCGAGGCGCUCGAGGAGGAGGUGCAACGCCUGGAGGAGAAGGAACUUCGGCUGACGUCCGAACUCGACAGCGCCUACUCCUCGACAUUCUCCAGCCUGACAGUCGAGGUUGCGACCGGCGACGAUGAGAGUCGCGUGAUCUCGCGUAAGUUCCCCGAUAUCAACGAGGCGUCGUUCAAGGCACUCAGCGUCGAGGAGCCCGCGGUUACCAGUGCUCUUCUCAAGGCUGCCCAACAGGGUGACCAAUCUGUGUGGCUCGCAUUCCAACGAGACGCGCACAGGGCAAAGCUCCAGCGCGACAGAGUAUCCGCCGAGCGCAUCGCAGCCGAGGCUGAGCUCGCCGUUGCGAGACGCGGAGGAGGCGCGGUCGCCGCUGCCGCUGCUGCUGCCAAGGCCAAGGCUGAAGCGCUCCGAAGCUCCCUCGGCGACGACGGCUCCGGGCUCAACUCGACGAGCGACGCGAGGCGCAUCGUCCUCAUCUCCGGAUUUGAAUCGUUCAACGUCGGACUUUAUCGCAAGGCCGCGCGCAACCUCGCGAGGAGAUGCCCUAACGUCGAGCUCGUGGUCUUCAGCGACCGGGAUAUCGAAUCGGACAAGGAGGCUGUACAAGCUGCGCUGGACGGCGCCGACGUAUUUUUCGGCUCCCUUCUCUUCGAUUUCGACCAGGUGGAGUGGUUGCGUGAAGCUGUCGACAAGAUCCCGACGAAGUUCGUGUUUGAGUCGGCACUGGAGCUGAUGUCGACGACGUCUGUGGGAUCAUUUGAGAUGAAACCCGCGCCAGACGGAAAGAAAGCGGGACCGCCUCCCGCGGUGAAGGCGAUUCUCGCCAAAUUCGGCAGCGGCAAGGAGGAGGACAAGCUCGUCGGUUACCUGAGCUUCCUGAAGAUUGGACCCGCGCUCCUCAAGUUUGUGCCCGGAAGAAAGGCGAAGGAUCUCAGGAACUGGCUCACGGUGUACUCGUACUGGAACCAGGGAGGGAUGGAAAACGUGGAAGAGGCGUUCGCGUACGUCGCUCGGGAAUACCUCGGCGCCAGCGACUCUGUCGUCGGCGAAGAUUCGGAGACCGGAGGUGGACUGAUGGGCAUGCUCUCCGGCAAGAAAGGCCCAAAGCCGCCGAAGGAGACUCCUGCGCUGGGUUGCUACCACCCGGACAUAGAGGCAGUUGGCGCACCGUGGCCGACAUCUGUGGGCGAGUAUCUCGAAUGGUACGAGCGAGAAAAGGCGGGUACUUUGCCCGCUGACGCGCCCACCGUCGCGAUUCUGCUCUAUCGAAAGCACGUCAUCACCAAACAGCCGUAUCUCGCGGAUCUGGUUCGCGGCAUGGAAGAGAGCGGCGUGAAACCCGUGCCUGUAUUCAUCAACGGCGUCGAGGCGCACACCAUCGUGCGAGAUUUGCUCACCACGAAACAUGAGCAGGAGAGACGCAAGAUGGGAUACUUGGACAUCGACUCUCUCAAACCUGAGGCCGCUGUCGUCGAUGCGGUGGUCAGCACCGUGGGUUUCCCGCUCGUUGGCGGUCCCGCGGGAUCGAUGGAAGCCGGCCGACAGGCUGAGGUUGCACAGACGAUUCUCCGCGCCAAGAAUGUUCCAUACGUCGUCGCCGCUCCCCUUCUGAUUCAGGACAUCGCCAGUUGGACCCAGUCCGGCAUCGGAGGGCUGCAGUCCGUCAUCCUGUACGCAUUACCUGAGCUGGACGGUGCCGUCGACGCGAUACCGCUCGGAGGUCUCGUAAAGGACGACAUCUACCUGGCAAAAGAGCGCGUUUACGCCCUCGCUGAGAGGCUCAAGAAAUGGACAGGGCUGAGGCGCAAAUCAUCGAGUGAACGAAAAAUCGCGGUGAUGCUAUACGGUUUCCCUCCGGGAGUCGGCGCCACGGGCACCGCAGCGCUUCUGAAUGUGCCCAAGAGCCUCGAGCGCACGCUCCAGACCCUUCGAGACGAGGGCUACGAUCUCGGCGAUGGACCUCUGCCCAGCGGCGAGGCGCUCGUCGACGCGCUGAGGGUUCUCGAGGAUGGUCCGGUCAUCGCCGGCGGUCAGACCUCGGCGAACGCGGCGCUCGACAAACUCAAAGUGGAACUGGAGGACAAGAAUGCUCUACACGGCGUGAGCAUCGCGGGCGAGGACGUGUCCCCCGCGCGCCUGAAGAAGUGGCUUCGUUUCCCUGAUGAUUGGGGCCCCACGGAAUGGGGACCCAUGCCGUUCCUUCCAGCUUCGGACGUGCUGGUGCGCAACAUGGAGAACGCGUGGGGCCCGCUCGAGUCCUACAACGGCCUCGCGACCGUCCCCGGGAAAGGAUCUUUCGUCGCCGGACUGCAAAUCGGCAACGUGUUCAUCGGCGUCCAGCCUGCUCUCGGCGUCGAAGGGGAUCCCAUGCGUCUGCUCUUUGAGCGAGAUCUCACGCCGCAUCCGCAGUACGCCGCGUACUACAAGUGGCUUCAGAAGGAAGACGGGUUCGGCGCGGAUGCCGUGCUGCACAUGGGAAUGCACGGCACGGUGGAGUGGCUUCCGGGCUCGCCCCUCGGUAACAACGCCCUGAGCUGGAGCGACCAGCUCCUCGGAUCCAUGCCCAACGUGUACGUGUACGCCGCGAACAACCCCUCGGAGUCCAUCGUCGCCAAGCGCAGGGGCUACGGCACCAUCGUGAGCCACAACGUGCCGCCGUACGGGCGAGCGGGUCUCUACCGGCAGACCGCGGAGCUCAGGGGGCUGCUCACCGAGUACCGCGAGGACAAAGAGACCAACUUUGAGGCGCUCCGAGGGCCGAUAUUUGAUCUCAUCGCUUCCGCUGGUCUCGACGCCGAUUGUCCGUUCGUGGACGAGGUCUCCGGGCAGAAGAUACGAAUCACCUCGGAAACGAUUGAGAAUGGCGAAACAGAGGUUUCCGCUGGCGCAUUCGAGAAGUACGCCUCGGACCUGUACGCGUACCUCGGUGUGCUGGAGAACAGGCUUUUCAGCGAGGGACUCCACACCAUCGGUGCAGAGCCGACGGCGGAGGCUGCUGGCCAGUAUCUCGAGGCGUAUUUCGGUGAGAGGCUCUCUGAGGACGAGGUUCGCGCGGUCGCGUCGAUGCCCGCAGGUACGUCAUUGGAUGACGUCAGGGCGUCGCUGGAGCGCUCGUUUGAGAAGGAUGCGGCCGAGGAGGCGAAUGACGACCCCCUCGCGGAAGCCGUUGAGAUUCGCGAUUUGCUCAGGAAGAACACGGAGGAGCUCACGGGAGUCAUCCGGGCGUUGGGCGGCGAAUACGUACCUCCCGCGACCGGAGGGGAUCUUCUUCGCGACGGUCCCGGGGUGCUCCCCACCGGACGUAACAUCCACGCGCUCGACCCGUACAGGAUGCCGAGCCCCGCGGCGGCGGACAGGGGCGCCCGUGUCGCGCGCGCCAUCAUCGAGCAGCACCGCGCGGCUAACGACGGAGCCUACCCGGAGACGGUGAGCGUGAACCUGUGGGGUCUCGACGCCAUCAAGACCAAGGGAGAGAGCGUCGGAAUCGUCCUCGAGCUCGUCGGCGCGAGGAGCGUGAAGGAGGGAACCGGUCGCGUCGUGCGGUACGAGCUCAUCCCUCUCGAUGAGAUGGGCGGGAGACCCCGCGUCGACGUGCUGUGCAACAUGAGCGGGAUCUUCCGUGAUUCGUUUGCCAACGUCGUCGCGCUUCUGGACGAUCUGUUUGCGCGUGCCGCCGAUGCGGACGAGCCCGCCGAAAUGAACUUCAUCAAGAAGCACGCCGACGAAAUGCGCGCGGAUGACGCUUACGACAGCGGGUACUCGUCCCGCCUCUUCAGCAACCCACCGGGAGACUACGGCUCGAUGGUGAACGAACGCGUGGGUACCAGCGAGUGGGAGGAUUCGCGCGAGCUCGGAGACACGUGGGCGUCUAGGAACGCGUACUCGUACGGCAAAGGCGAUGAGCGCGGCAAAGCCAGGCCGGAGGUGCUCCAGAAACUCCUAAAGACAACGGAGCGAGUGGUGCAGGAGGUUGACUCGGUCGAGUAUGGUUUGACCGAUAUCCAGGAGUACUACGCAAACACCGGCGCGUUGGUCGCAGCCGCAAACGCCGCCAAGGAGGACGAUGCAAACGCUGGAAAACCAAUCAAGAAGGUGGCGUGCUCAAUCGUCGAGACUUUCGGUGACGACGUCGCGCCGAGGGACCUCGAGGAGACCCUUCGCAUGGAAUACCGGACCAAGCUGCUCAACCCUCGUUGGGCCGAGGCGAUGUCGCAGCAGGGCUCUGGCGGCGCUUACGAAAUAUCUCAGAGGAUGACAGCGCUCGUUGGAUGGGGAGCCACGUCGGGGUUCGCCGAGGAUUGGGUGUACGACGGGGCGCACGAGAGGUACGUCGAGGAUGAGGAGAUGCGCGAGAGGCUGCGAAAAGCCAACCCGCAGGCGUUCAGGAACGUCCUGAAGAGGAUGCUCGAGGCGGCGGGACGAGGCUUAUGGAACGCGGAUGAAAAGGUGCUGGAUGAGCUCAGGGCUUUGUACGCGGAGACGGAGGACGCCUUGGAAGGCGUCCAGACGCGGCGUUGAGAAACUGCUGAAGUACCUUUGUUAGUUUUUAAAAGCGAAAUCGCACAGUCACACGUCAUGUGUGU